UAUAAAAGUCCAGCAAGAUUACUGACAAUCCCCAGCAAUCCGCCCCAGUCUCCCCAGUUCCACCAACUGCCUCACUCACUCAACAUGUUCUUCACCGUCAAGUUCCAACUGCUCUUGCUGAGCGUUUCUGCGUGUUUCGUUGCCGCUGCUCCCGUCGACCAGCGUCAAGGACCCGUCGGUGCGCAAGCUGCACCCACGGUCAGGUCUUCGCCAGGGAGGACGGGUACGUCGUCUUGGCUUUCUUCUGCUCGCUCGUCGCCGACAUCAGUAGCAGCCAUGUUCUCGGUCUUGCUCCAACCGGCGCCCUUGCUGCUCGCCACCCCCAGGCCUCCAUCAUUUUCGCUGAUGGCCAAUGGGAAAGUCCCAUUGCUCGGGCUGACCCGCCCUCGGUUACGACCAUCUUCGCUGCCAGUCAGUGGGAUGGCGCAGCCAAGGACCGGGAACAGUAGGCCACAAAAUGACCCGGCGCUCCAUAGCUUGAACGUCUGCAGGAGUUUUCUAGAUUUCCGAAAGCACAUAGAUAUUAGACUCGAAUACAGUGGAUUGAAUCAGAGGGGCGCCGCCGAGGACCGCGCGAAGGACAGCCCGAAUGGUCCCGUCUUCUUCGCCAAUGCUCAAUGGGAGGAGGAGGUUAUUCCGGUCGAUGUUCUGUAUCCGACGCGUUUUGUGGUUAUGAUGCAUCGAAAGGUUACCGGACGUGUGCACGCGGGCAAGCUGCUAAGUGGAGAGCGUCGGCUUUCUCACAAUCCCGACCAGUCACCUGCUGCACAGCCAUUCAAAUACCAUCACUCCAAGUACCCGACCAAAACACACUCAUUACAUACGAUGGGCUCCCCUCUGCCUUAUGUUUUGUUUGUAGGGAUAUGCGUCACAGUUCUCAAACAGUUCAACACUGUCGUCCCCGAACCUUAUAUGGAUGAGCCAUUCCAUAUCCCGCAGGCGCAGGCGUACUGCAAUGGAGAUUACUUGCACUGGGAUCCCAAAAUCACGACUCCCCCUGGUCUCUACGUCUCGAGUUUGAUACUCAAACACGCGUUUAUGCUGAAAUGCAAUGUCCCGAUGUUGCGACUGACGACUCUGCUCCCUCUGAUGGCACUUCCGGUUGUCGUAUCUCGUCUUUUGGCCUACCAUCAGCGUGGUCGGCUACCCAAAAUCCUGGAACCCUCGUUCGAUGCUCUCGUGCUGUCCUCAUUCCCGAUCGGAUGGUUCUUCGGCUUCUUAUACUACACGGAGGUUCCAAGCCUCCUGUUUGUCGUGGUGACCGUCGUACUUGCGAUGCAGCAAAAGCAUUGGCUGGCUGGAUUCUUCGGCCUCGUCAGCUGCACAUUCCGCCAAACCAAUGUAGUCUGGGUAUUGUAUGCCUAUGCAAUGAGCCAACUCAUGCAUUUACGUUUCCGACGAGCAAUGCCGAACGCGAAACCGCUCGAGAAAUUACAUGAUCCACCGGCCCUCGAUGCGGAACCAAGCGAUUUAGUAAGGGCUUUUGUGUCUGCUCCCAAAGUUCUGCUCGAUAUCCUUCCUGCUUUCAUACCUUACGGCUUUGUUCUCGCUUCGUUUGGCGCAUUUGUGGUCUGGAAUGGAGGCAUAGUCCUGGGAGACAAGUCUAACCACAUUCCCACUUUGCAUGUCCCUCAGCUCUACUAUUUUGUGGCAUUUGCUACAGCUUUUGGCUGGCCGGUACUUAUUAGCGGUCAAGGCGGGCCUUCGGGCCUCGUUUUCGCUGUGAAGAAUAGGAUGUUCGGUUCUGGACUCCGCAUUCUUUCAACGACUUUGUUAGUGCUUGCGAUGGGCGUCACUGUGCAUCUCUUCACAAUCCAUCACCCUUUCUUAUUAUCUGACAAUCGACACUACACUUUUUAUAUCUGGCACCGAAUCUACAUGCGGUUUCCAGCUCCUUAUCUGCUCAUUCCGAUCUAUAUUGCAUGUGGAUGGGCAUGGUUUCUUCGUGUCGGAGAGAAACAAACAAUUCUUCAAACACUGCUUCUCCCUCUACUAGUUAUCCCGACUUUGCUUCCCACCCCGCUUCUAGAGCCGAGAUACUUUCUGAUUCCGUAUAUCCUUUUGCGAGCCCAGGUUGCGGAAACUCCGACCUGGGCACUGGCGCUCGAGGGAAUCUGGUAUGCUGGAAUCAACGCGGCUACAAUGUGGCGGACACGCUCUCCCAUUUUCCGCUUCUUCCCACCUCCGUUCUCAUUCUCCACUCCAAUUUUGCACAUCAUGCCCAACGAAGGAACCCCAUCCAAGCCUACGACUAGGAGCUCCAUCCGGCAUUCGUUCAGUCUAGCAGGGAAAGCGCUAGCAGAUGUAAUCAACAAGGACUCAGAUAAGGGCAAGAAGCAUUCAAAGGAUGCCAGCUUGCGGCGCACCAGCGGAGUGGAAACCAAAGCGGUCGCACCCCGCGCGUCUUUAGGCGAUGUUCGCCCCUCGUCCAUAUCCUCUCGCCGAGCCAUGACCCCGGACUCUAAAACCGCAACGCGUCGUCGACAAUCUGUUAUCAUUGCGGGGAAAUUGUCCUUGGACGAGCCACCGUCGAAAGCCGUUGAAGCCACUUUGCAAGGCGCGGGUGUUACUCGAUCAGCUUCGCUUCGGCCUCGUCCUGGAGUCUCUGCGCUUCCCAAAUAUCGCCCAAAGUCCAUCGUGGGGGAGCCUCUGAAGUCACAUUCGCCAGCACGAGUUGGUGUGCGCCGCCGGCUUAGCACUUCCGACGAAGACGAGAAGGAGCAGCAGACGCCGCAGCAGCAGACAAAGGAAAGCCCGGAGGAAAAGCGCAGAAGGCCAAUCAGCCCACUCCCUCACCGGGCAGCUUUGAAGGCCAGUUCAGUGAGCACCAACUCCCCGUCCGGGGUCACUCCUCCAAAAGUAAAGCCAGGAACCCCAGUGUCGAUCGGCAAGGCCAAAGGCUCUCCUGUUCGACCCACGAAAAGUGUGAAAACUGGGGCUUCUUCGCAGCCAACCGCCCCACGACCUUCAUCCUCCGCUUCGUCUUCUAGCUCGUUUACUCCGCACACUCCGAAAGGUUCAACUCCCGCUCUUAAAUCGAGUAUCGCGGCCCGCCGGGCCGACAAACCGUCGGCCAGCCCGCUCAGCCAGUCACCCAAGCGUGGCCAAACGGAGUCGCCGUUCGCGAGACAGACGGAAUCCCCCCUGGCUCGCCACUCACGCAAUGCCUCGCAACGGACUGUUCCUUCAGAAUCGAGCGACGUCGGAAACAUGUCCCAUAUCUCGGAAGGAGGCAGCGAAGAUGAUGACAGCGACUCGGAAGAGGUUGAGCUGUUGCUGGCUCCUGUCGCUGUCCUCGGCGCACCGACACCUGCCAUGCCGAGACACAUCACAACACGGCGAAAGUCGCGCGCUGCUCCUCCCCAGACACCGACACGUUCUCAGCUUCCAACGCGAGCUAAUCUGUCGUACCUAUCCCCGUUGCCGCCGGACAAGGACUUUUCGCCUUCGCUUCGGCCUGACAGCAAAGGUGGUGCCAGUGCCGGACGGGGGUCUAUCCUUUCCUGGGACCAGCUUGCUAGCGAGUCAUCUCGAACCUUGGGAGAGGACGAAAUUGCCAGCAUGCUCGCCGACAUCCCUGCUCCGUUCCGCAGUGGCGCUAUGACACCAAAUCACCUCGAGGUCCCCGAGAGCCCGGCUCUCAGCGCGUUGAAUUCGCCAGGCGAGUUUGGGUCUAUCUCGCAGAUCCUGCUCCCCGAGGUGACGCCGUCGCCUGCUGUGCGAGACGGCAUGCGCUUCAACAAGGAUCCGAGCGCGCCUGCAGUCGACAGCGCGACUAUCACACUUCUUCGGCUGCAGAUCGUCUCGCUGGAAAGCACCGGCAAAGAGCGACUAUUCCAGAUGCAAGCUCUGGAGCAGCAGCUGCACGACUCGAAGCAAGCACGUGCUCGCGAUGUUCAAGAGAUGCAGACGCAGCUGGCGGUGCUCGAGGAACAACUUCGAAGCAGUCUGAUGCAGCGGGAACGAGCCGAUGAAGACCGUGCUGCCUAUGUUCGGUCGUUGGAAGAGCAGUUGGCCCAUGCAGAUGCUGCGAGGGAGCAAGCUAUCGACGACGUGGCUGCUGAUACUCGUGCUGAUGUCGAGGCUGAGGCUGAGGCGACGUUCAGAGUCCAGUACGCCAAAGCAUCUGCUGUGUCUUCAGCCCGGGCCGCCGCCAUGCAAUGGGCUUUCGUCAGGGAUUUUGCCGAAGACGAGUUGGAUGCAAUCCAAGGAGACAAGCUAGUCCUUGCUUCCCUGUUGAGUGGUCUCGACCAGCUUCAGGCUAAGCUAAGGGACUGA